AUGAAUAAAAAUCGCGUCCAUCGGGUACUCAUAGUUGCAGACAAGUACCUCAGUCGUGGACCAACACUUGCUAUGGCCUACCUGAUAAAGGAAGAAAAUAUGACAUUAAAGGAGGCGUGGCGCUACAUGAAAUGCGUAUACCUGGCCCUGCGUCCGAACUGGCACUGUCUCGAACAACUGGCCCUAUUUGAGAAGACCGUGAAGAACCUUCCCGAAGCGACGCCAAUUGUGGAUGAAGAAUUCCAGUAG